GAACGUAUACAUAGUUCUGAUGAUUAUGUUGAAAUUAGAUUGAUGUAACAACCUGAUAGUCAGGUUAAGUCAAUGUAUUUAGGUUGAAGUCUCACCCCAAUUUCAAUGUUUACAACGCUGGUUGAAAUUAGAUGAAAACAAACGUUGGCAAAUUACGAUUCAACCAGUGUGUGCAACCAGUGUUAAGAGGAACAUUAUUGUCCCCAAACUGAAAUACCCUACAGUGCUUUUUUUAUUGAAUCAAAUGGGAAUUAGUUAUAUUAUUACAGGUGUUGACAGACAACGUGGCAUUUACCUAGUUUGAGAUGGCGCAAACUUCCAGGCCCCGUUUCCCUUCUCUUUCAUCCGCUUCAAUGCCCACCUGGUCUGCGCAAGUAUGUAUGUUUGAUGUAUCUCCUUAUUGCCAGGUUUAUCAUUGUUGAUAUAUUUUUCAGGACAAAAGGCUAUAAAGUUACAAGGAACACAUUCAUGGGCCUAAGACAAAUAUAAGUGACUAUUUGCUUCAGUGCACUUUUCAUCUGAAAAGCCCUGUGUUUUACACAUUCACACAUCAUUUUGCCAAUUAUCAUAUUGACCAAAACUCCAGGACCAGGGACAGUGAGUGAUUGACAGCAAGGAGAAGUCCACUGGUCUAGGGGAGGAGAGUGACGAGAAACUCACACCCACUGAGUGCCAGCCAGCCAGCAAGGUAUUGUGCACCUCACCUGUAAUGGGAAUAUUUAAGAUGACAAAAGUUCAUAUUUAAAUUAGAGGGCUCAACAAAAAUGUAAGUAUAUUUGGAGUUUCUGUUAUACAUGUGAUUUCCAGUGUUUUGUUUGUAAGACUUGGGUUGAUGGUCACUAGACUAGAGGCUGUAUGUUAUGGAUUAAAUUCAUAACUGCUGAUAAGGUUGACGCCAGACUGGAGGUACAAGGACAGAGGAUACACUGAUUAUUAUUAUAUUGUGUGAAACAAUGUGAUUCUGUAGCUGCUGACAAAGUCACUGCCUUCUGUUUUGACUUCCUACAAGCCUGUCGGGCUGGUGUUUACAGAACAUUUGUACGCUGAUUAGGAUAUAAGGGUGUUCUCAGAGAAGGCCAGUUAGAUGUGUUCUCUGCUUCUGGGCUGGAGUUUUCUCCCUGUUGCAACUUGUAAUAAACAAAAUAGAUUAUUGAUUGACGAUCUGCGACUGCUCUUCUCUUUUGUUCACUUGGAAAUGUCUUACAUCACCCCUCCCUCCUUUCAGGCGAGCCUGGAUCUCAGUGAGAGAGUGAGAGAGGAAAGUCAUCCUGUCUGUAUCCCCAGGCUGAGCGCUUACACUCAGAGGGAUGAUGAGGCUAGGCUGGGUCCGAGGGCUGGCCCCUUUGCUGGCCAUGGCUGCUGGAAUACUCUACAUCACAUCCAUUAAGUGGGAGGUUCAUUCUCAUGGGGAGAGACUGCAGAGGGCCCAUCAGAAUGACUCGUCCAGGGGCCAGGACAUGCUCAAGAGGCUGGAGAAGAUGGAGGCUCACAUUGAGAAGCUGUUGAAGUCAAUCAACAACGGGAUCAGUCUGAAAGAGGGGCAGGCUGUGAAGGCUCCCGAGGUCAAGAAGGAGAGGAAGGUGGUGAAGAAGUUGUACCCAAACUCAGCUCUGUUUACAAGCUGGGGUGUUGAGCUCUCAGAGGAGGAGCAGAAAGAGGCAGAGGGGCUGUUUCAGAUGUAUGGAUACAACGCCUUCCUGAGUGACAGACUACCCCUGAACAGGGAACUCCCUGAUACUCGCGAUCCUAAAUGUGCUAAGCACCAGUAUCCCCAUGAUCUGCCCACCAUCAGCGUGGUGUUGAUCUACUUGGACGAGGCCCUGUCAAUCAUCAAGAGAGCCGUCCGCAGCAUCAUAGACAAGACCCCCCAACGCCUGCUCAAAGACAUCAUACUGGUGGAUGACCACAGCUCCAAUGAGGAUCUAAAGGAGAAGUUGGAUGCCUACAUCAGCUUCAUCCAUGAAGAGCGUCCCGGCCUGGUGAAGAGAGUGAGACACUCAGAGCAGCUCGGUCUCACACAGGCCCGCCUCUCAGGGUGGAGGGAAGCUACAGGAGAUGUGGUGGCCAUCUUGGAUGCCCACAUAGAGGUCCAUGUGGAAUGGGCGGAGCCUCUGUUAGCUCGCAUAAAGGAGGACCGCACGUUGGUGUUGACACCGGUGUUUGACAAAGUCCAUUUCGAUGACUUGACCGUCACACGCUAUGGGCCUGCUGCAGAUGCCUUUGACUGGGCCCUGUGGUGUAUGUAUGAGUCCUUCAGACCUGAGUGGUAUGCCUUGAAAGACGAGUCACAGCCAGGAAAGAGCCCCUCCAUUAUGGGCAUACUAGUGGUUGAUCGCCUGUUCUUUGGAGAAAUUGGUGCUCUGGAUGGUGGUAUGAAGAUCUAUGGAGGUGAAAAUGUUGAACUGGGCAUCCGGGUGUGGCUUUGUGGUGGAAGUGUCGAGGUCAUACCUUGUUCUAAAAUAGCCCACAUCGAGAGGGCCCAUAAACCCUAUCUCCCCGACCUGAGCAUUACAAUGAAGAGGAAUGCUCUGAGAGUGGCUGAGGUCUGGAUGGAUGACUACAAACAUAAUGUCAACAUUGCCUGGAACAUCCCACUGAAGGAUCAUGGCAUAGACAUUGGGGAUGUUUCAGAGAGGAAGAAGUUGAGAAAGAGGCUGAACUGCAAACCCUUCCAGUGGUAUCUGGAUAACGUGUAUCCCAUGUUAGACCCCCUGGGUGACUUGCUUGGUUAUGGAGUUCUGGUCAAUGAUCUGAAGAUGGACCUCUGUAUAGAUCAAGGCCCAUUUCCAGGGAACACACCUAUUUUAUUUGGAUGCCAUUAUUAUGGUCCUCAGAGCUGUUAUUAUCGAGCCAGUAGGGAGAUCUACAUUGGAGGCAUUAGGUCUCAUAAGUACGACAGUAAUCGCUGUCUGGUGGAUACUGGCACUCAAACCCCAGGACUGUAUGAGUGCAAGGUGGCCAAGCAGAAGGGAUUCCACAUGCUCUGGGACUUCCAACAGGGAAAAGCCAUCCAGAACAGACAGACAAAGAGAUGUCUGGAGAUUGCCCCAGGGGAGGACACUUACUACCAGCUCAUCAUUCAGGAGUGUAGUGGGCAGCACUGGAACAUACAGAAUCUGAUUAAAGACUUCUGAUACACUGAGAUAGUUAGGCCUACUGUACCAGAGACAAUACAGCAGGACUAUAGGAGUUAUUAUCGACUGGUUAUUAUCACCCUAUCACUUCGUUAUGAACACAUUAUCAUCAUGCUUUGACAAGCCAGUGGUCAGCAGUGAGAUGACUGUGUGAUCUUAGUGAGCUGUUGGUUGUACAUAGCUUCAUGGGGACAGAUGUACAUUCCUCACAGAAUGUGAAAUGCUAUUGAGCUGUGUUCUCCUUGGUCCUGAA